UGCUCGUGUUCAGGCACGAGUACGUGCGUGAUGUGUGACAUCAUCCUGUGACAUCAUGCACGUACAGUGACACAGAUCAGCCUGAGAGACACUCGAGGAUCCUGACCUGCUGGUGCUUCCCCCGCCUCCUCCUUAACUCCACCCCUUUUAGAAAUGGUUUCCGACGGGGGCGGUUCCCUUUUAACACAGGUAAGUUUGAAGAGCAUUUUUCUCUUAGUCCAUGAACUCAUCAUUUAAGAACUUUGUCUAAUAUUAAAAGUUGUUUGAGGAUGUAAGAAAAUGAGGAAUCAGAGCAUGGAUGCUGUAAACUACGGAGUCCAGAGUUUGUGUGUCGGGCUGUAAACAUGCAGUGAAGUUUGAACUCACGGCUUUAUCAUCAUUACUGUUCUCAGAGCUCUGACGCUUUCUGGAAACAGCUGCGAUGAGCUGCACACAGCCUCUUUUAGCUCCUCCCACAGAGGGGAGGCUGCUGUUCAGCACCAAGUUCUUAAAUUCAUCCUCGUUUUCUUGUCGCUUCCUAUUUUUGGGUGAGAGCGCCGAUAUCUGCGACAGCCGGUGAGCUUCAGGAGGACAACAUCAGCGAUCACUUUGAAACAGCAGCGUUUCUCAGACUGUUUCCUGCUCAGGAUGGCGAUGAUCACUCAGAAGCACCGCGCCUUCGUCAGCGAGCCCAUGUUAGAGAAACCGGUGACGGCGGUGCCAGGAAUCAGACCCACUCUGGGGAGGGAGCUGCAGAAGGAGGGCAUCACCAAGGCGUCCGGCCUCCUCAGUCAGUACCUGGCGAUGGGCAGAAACCCGGACUGGGACUGGAGCGAACAGUCAGCAGGCCAACGCCUGCACCCAGGCCCUGCAGGAGUGGACAGACAACACCCUGAGGCCAUUGUGUGUCUGACCUUCAUGAUGAUAGCAGGGGGAAGGGCGGGCAGACUGAGGCUCUGAAACAGGAUGGAGUUGCCCAGCUACCCAGACUCACAGAGGAGAGCACAGUCAAAAAUAAAGUUUUAGUUGGUUUUUUUUUCAAACUUUAUUAGCAAUUCAAACAUUACAGAAAUAAAUGAGCAAAAGAGAAUGUCAGUUAGACACAGGCUGCGGGUUAAAUCACAAGAUAUUAAACAACGAGCAUAAGUUUAGAGUUUUAAUUGCUUCAGUUUUAAAAUAUUGUCUGGUUUCAUUUAUAAAGCAUUGAACAGAAGGUUUUGCAUUAGAAACAUUGGAUUCAUGUAUAUGAAAUUUAGCCAGUAAGAUUAGUAAACCUAUCAAAUAAAAUUUGUUUGUUCUAUUUGCAGGGUCAAAAAGGCCAAACGUUAUUUUUCCAAGUCAGAAUAGAUAAAAGAAACAACUAAAGUACAAAAAUCUUGCCAGAAAAGAUAAAGUGCAUAAGCAGAACCAACAUAAGUAUGAAACAUCUUCUUUCUCACAGUUACAAAGUGAACAGUUAACUUCAGUCUUUUUCAUAUCCUACAUGAAAAGUUCUGCUGGGGUAAAAACGACAAAUGAUUGUAAAAGACAUUUCCUUUACUUUGUCAGUUAACAGGAAUUUCAAUGGUAAGAUCCAAACUUUCUCCCUUUCCAGGUCCCAGUAUAAAUGAUUCCAGUAAGCAGUUCUGUGGGGAAUUAGAUGUGUCCAACAGAGGGAGCAGCAGGAGGAGUCAGAUCAUUAACAGCAGAGUUUCUAUGCAGUGUUAAAACACCAGCAUCAAACACUAUGGCUUACUCCUUUGGUAGAGCAGGAGGACCAUAUAUACUCAGAGUAAGAAAGUAAACUUCUAUCUGGAUUAAGAAGCUGCUCGACAACAUGAAUCCCAUGAACAAACCAGUCACCUAAAAAUAAAGACUUGUGUUUGUAUAAAACGUCUCUGUUGUUCCAAAUAUCGUAUCUGUGCAGAGAAAAGUUGUGUUUCUAAAGCAGCGACCAGGAAAGAAGCUUCUCUCUCUGAAAGUUGGACAGUUUUAAGGGGAUUUUGCUGCAGCAUUCUGCACCAGUUGAAGACCAGUUGCAGGCGUGACAGAGUGCCCUGGCCAACCCCCAAGGGAGUUGCAGUAAUCCAAGGGUGAGGUUAUAACAGUUUCCAAAUCACGCUUGGAAAGAAAAGGCUUGACCUUCGACAGACGUCUGAGGUGAUAGAAUGAAGAUUUCACCACCCCGUUUACAUGGCCAUCAAAACUAAGUGCAGAGUCGAUUUUUACCCCAAGAUUAGUAACUGAGCUCUUCAGGUGAGGGUCAGAGCAGCAAAGUCAACAUCUGGGGUACCAGAGGAACGACUGAGACCAAAUAAAACUGCUUCUGUUUUAUGUUCAUCAAAAUUUUAAAAAUUUAGAGCGAUCCAUGACUUAACAUCAAUAAGACAAUCAAGCAUGUCCUAUGGAGGAGCUAUCAGAGUGACUGAAAGGUAGAUGUUCUGUUAUCACUAAGAGUUGUAAAAUGUUUUAUGACUAAAAUAUUAUUCUCAGUUGUUAUUCAUUAUGUGUUUACAGCGCCCUCUGUGGUUGCUCCAAGUAAUGCACUUUAGAAACGGCUUUAUGUUGAAAAAAAAAAACUUUAUUGAACAGGAAGUCCGCUCAGUCAAGCAAAGCAAGCGAACAAGGAGAAGGGAAACAUAUCGGCACACAGUUUAUGCUGUCCUGUUGGAAAAAAUACUGUCCACAUCUUCUGUUUAUGGUUGUAUCGCCGGUAUGUACUUAAAGUAUAAGUUGCAACUUUGGUUUUGUACAAUAUGUUGUCCGCUAAUGCAGUAUUUGGCUGUAAAGCUAGUCCUUUUGUUAAGCUAGUUACCCGCGAUUUUGGAGGUCGUCUGGAUAGCAUCAAUAAUACAAGUUCACAUAAUUAGACAUAUGACUUAUGUUGUGUAGUAGCAGUGUGGUAUAUAAAUGUAUAUUAUGCUGCACAUGUGUAUAUCAUAACUGUAUUUGUUUGUCUUGUUUUUAGUUUUACCCUUUUGAAUGUCAGUAAACCUGUUGACAACG